GUUAUAGUAUCUUGAUUCAAGAAGAUAUGCCAGAAAUUUGUCUAGAUUUACAUGAUUGCUAGAGAAGUUAGAUCACAUCUAGAUCUAGAAUCUAGUAAAAAAAAAUGUUUGGUUAUGAAUGUCACUGUGAUAGAUCUAGUUAGAUUUCUAGAUCUAUUGACUAUGUUAUUUUUAGUAUGUAAAAAAAACAACACGCACAUAAAUUUAAUACUUAAAAUGCUGCAACUUUUUAGACUUUAUGAGAUAACUCUGAUAUCAAUAACUUUUUUAGAAAUCCAAUUAUGUGUCAAUAAUGAUGUUAUUUGAUCUAUAUAUAUUAUUAAACCUGAGUCUAUGCACAGUGCCACUCUGUGACCUGUCUUAUCUGCUGCUGUGUGGCGAUUGGAGGCGUAGUGGCUGAGUCGUAAAGUCAAAGUGCUUAGCUUCUGAACCGAGGGGUUCCAGGUUUGAAUCCUUGUGAAGACUGGGAUUUUUUAUUUUUGGAUCUUAAAGGUGCCUCUGAUGGCUCUAAUGGAUACUUGACAUUAGUUGGGAAAAAGUAAAGGCGAUUGGUCCUUGUGCUGACCACAUGACACCUUUGUUAACCAUCCACAGAAACAGAUGACCUUUACAUCAUUUUCCCUAUAGAAGGAUAAGUCUGAAAGGGAACUUAAAUCUGUGGCGACAACCUAGACGUAAAGGACCCAAUCAAGAAAAUGUCUGAUAUCAUCGAAGGUUUUCUUUGUCCCAUUUGUAUGAAAGAUCUUGGCACUGUAACACAGCUUCAGGGUCAUUUUGAAGAAGAGCACUCAUCAGAGGACAAGGCAGUUUUCCAGCAAUUAAAAGGUUUCUUCGACAAAGCCAAAAAAAAGAUUUUAGGAGACAAGGUGGAGGUUGAGCUGAAUCAGCCAGGGGAAGCAACCAAAAGAGAGGAGCUACGAGGGUUAUCCGGAUACGAUCCCUCCUGGUGGGAAGACCAAGAAUUAGGUGCAGUGAGAAGUCAUACUGACAACUUUAAAUCUAUACGAGAUGCCAGAGUAAAUCAUUUUGUUGUGGAGACUAAUAAACUACUGAUUCGUUUAGACAAAUUGUUAAGCCCAGAUGCUCCUACAGAUCCAAAGAAACGAAAAGCCUAUGAAAAAGCUAUUGUGAGAUGGAUUCCCGACAAUGAAGUUCCAGCAUGCCUGAACUGUGCCAAAUCUUUCAGUAUACUCACACGCAGGCAUCACUGUAGGUUGUGUGGAGGGAUAAUGUGUGACAGAUGCUCUGAAUUUAUGGCUUCAUCCUAUGCGCAAAAGUUGGUCAAUCCUGCUCACAGUUUCAAUGGAGAAGGUUUCCUGAAGAGGACCAACAGUAACACUAGUCUUAACUCCCUGGUAGGUAAUGAAGGCGAGUCUAUCAUGAGGGUCUGUAAAACCUGCCGCAAGCUGCUAGAGAGACGUGACAUCAUGACAGAAUUGAGGAAUACUAAGCCGCCAAUUGUAAAGAUUUAUGAUAAAAUGAAGCUUUGCAUUAAGGAGGCGGAGCAAAUCAUCCCAGAUUACAUGCCAAUGGUGGAGUCUCUGAGCCAAGGGGAGACACAGUAUGACUACAGGCAAGCUCAGAUCAUGCGCACAAAGUUGGUGAAACUUUAUGAGGCUGUGGACCAGUUGAGCAAAAAAAUCUUGACCUUUGACCUGAACAGCGAGCAAGGUGUUAAUCCUAAGCAAGUUCACCUUCAGAAGUCCAUUCGAUUGUAUGCCACAAAUUUUAUGCAAGAGAACCUUAUGGGAUUGCAGGCGUUGCCUACCGAAGAGGACUACAACAAACUUCGUCAGAGGAGAACUGCCGAGAUACAAAGAAAAAUUGCAGCAGAGAGACAGGCUGUGAUAGAGGCUCAAGAAAGAGAAAGGUCUGAACGAGAAAGGCAAGAGCAAGAGAGGUUGAUGAAAGAGAAUGCAGUGUCUCCUGAAGAUGGGCCAAAACCUGGUCACAGGAGGGUGUCCUCUGGCGGUGACAUUCAGAAAAAAAAGCUGCUGUCUGGCAAACUUCCAGUGAACAUUGUUGGCACUUCGAAAGGCCAUGCCAGGAACCAGUCUGAUGAGAGUGUAGGUAAGGGCUGGAAGCCCGUUGAGGAUGCAGGACGAGUAAGCAAAGCUAGCGACCCGAUGCUGCAGCAAAUGGAAAUAAUCCGAGGUUAUAUCCGCCAGGCUAAGCAAGCAAACAGGGUGGACGAAGUCGUCAUGCUGGAACAAAACCUGCGUGACUUGCACACCGAGUACCAGCGUCAACAGGAAGUUAAGGGCCAAGCUGGUUAUUAAAAUGCUAAACAUUGAAAAUUUUUCAUUUAAUUGAAGACCUUAGUGUUUAAUUGACCUGUAUUAGACUUAUCUGGAGUGUAAAUUUAACUUUUAGUUAGAAAUAAGUGCUUUAUAAAUCUCACACUCAACUAUUUUAAGGACAGGGAUAGCUGAAUGGUAGAAUACUUGGUGCCAAAUUAAAAUUUCAGCAUUCCUUUUGUAUAACUUUCAUCAAGGCAAGCCUUAGGAUCCAAUCUUGAUCUAAUGAGUGUAACACCAGGAGGAUAAAGCUAAGCCAGUCUGUAAUUUUGCUAGCAGACAGUGUCUCCAUAAACCCCAUAGCAACAAAUCAGAUGUUUAUUUACCAAGCUUGUAUCAUUUCACUCUGUCCAGUCAACACAGCUGUAGUUCUAAUUUUCCCCAAAUUCAGUAUCCUUCAAAAUGUCAAAAAAAAGAAAGAACAAAUAUGAUCCCACUUCCCAUUCUAGGAACAGAUUGAUACUUUGCACAAUUAUUCAUGUUGUCAUGUGAAUGAUGUGAAUCAAUAAAAAAAAAAAGUAACCUAUUAGUCCAUAAGUUUUAAUUUAUUAAUUUUAUAUGGAAAAUUUACUGAGCUAAUGUAAGAUAAAAGUCUUGCAAUAAUGAGACAUAUGGCAGCAAUUGAACAGUGCUCUACUCCCAAGCGCAAACUCUUUGUCAAUAUGUGAGAUAGUUUGCCAAUAUAUGAGAUAGCAAACACGUAAAUUUCACAAGACCAGGAGAGUUGUGUAGUUAGGAUGAUUAAAAAUAAUUGAUGCAAUUUCUCUCAAUAUGAGCAACUUUUCAAAGUAUUUUUACAAUUCAACUGUUAAAAGUGCACUUAGAUUUGUUUCCCCUUGCUUUUCACGUCUGCUCUAACCUUCGUUGUGAAAUGUUGAACUAAGACCACCAUUACACGAAGAGUUGUGAAACUUUUAUCAAGACCACAAUUCCACAGCUAACUAUUUGAAUUUAAGUGUUUGUAUAAAUAAAUAAAUUCUAGCACAAGGGUCUUCAGUUUGUGUGAACAAAUUUUUUUUUUACAUUAUAAUGCUCUCUUGAACAAACGUAUUUAUAAAGUACUUAUAUUCUUCCCUAUGUACGUUAAUUUCCCUUUGGCUGUAAACUUCACAAGUUCAACGAUUUUUAGCGUGUUUGUGAUAUUUGUCCAUCUGAUAAUUGAUUAUUGUUCCCACUGUUCUGUUUUUUUUUUAUGAAAGCAGCCUUAACAAAUGCUCUUUGUGGGAAAAGUGAGGUAGCUUGUUGGUUUGGAAAGUCAAGGACCUAAUUAAAGUGACCACAGCAUAGGUUGAUGUCUAUGUCGUCAGAAUUGUAUGUUGGAUGUAUUUAUGUAAAUACUUUCUAAAUGCUGAUGUCCGUAUGAUUUGUGUAUGCCAUGUACAUGGUUGUAUUUCUGCCUUCCUGUUGUGCAAUAAUUUAUUUAUUUCAUAAAACCUUUAUAAACACCAGAGAUCACAAUGUUUGUAUAUGUAUCUAUAUUUGUUUUUUUAGCUUCUGUUGUUUUAUUUAAAAACCUGAAAUAAUUUAAGGUGGUAUCGUGACCUUAACCUUUUGUCUUGACUAUGGCCUUAACCCUGAUGCACGGCCCACGGUUGCAUUUCUACUUUUAAUGAAAUCAUCAUUAAUGAUGUUCAGUACCGAUAUAGAAGAACAUUUAGUAGUGGUAGUAUUGGUAUGUACUAUUCCAAUAGUUCUGUUGUACUUUACAUCUAGUGAUUUUGUCUGGUUGUACAAUGAUUUAAUUUUGAUUGAUAUUUGUAAAUAUGAAAAUGACUCCAUGUUUGAAAUUGGUGGAUACUGUUUACAGUUCAUGCUGCUUUAAGGUUCUUAGAAUAAAAGCAAACAUUUGACAGGCUGUGACUUAUGACUUCUAAAAGUCAAAUAACAUUGACUUGAAGCAAAUACAUGGUUUAUUGUGUCAGUGAACUAAUUUCCCUUAACCCUUGCCAUGCCAUACAUUGUACAUAUAUAAUUGUGGAAUAAAUAAACCUACCAAGUACUAUAAA